AUGAAAAGCACGAAGAAUAAUGUCAAUACGGAUUGGAAAGAACAAGCGAGGCUAUUGGAUAAAUCUGUGAAGGUCAUUAAUUUUCGAAUCUAUUCUUUCGUGUUGUAUAGAGCGAUAGAAGAAGACAAGGGGUUGGAAAUAUGGAAAGAAAACUUCUAUGGUCCAGAUAAGCAUUUCACCUUUGGAAAGAAGAACGAAAUAGUUGAGGAGCCCACCUAUAAUGUACGGCCUGAUUUCGAGUUAUUUACUAAGUACAUAUAUUGCCUUAUCGAUGGUAGUUUUAGACUGAUUGGCGUGAUAUUGAAAUUUGGAAGGAAGUACGUGGACGCGAAAAAGGUGAAUAAGGACAUAAGAAAAGUGAUUGGGAACCGGAAGAACACUAUGUAUCAAGUCGAUAUCGUUAAAAGUUCUAUGUAA